UACCAGCGCGCCAGCCUCCUUUCCAUUUCUUGUCUCUUCUCUUCUCCCACCAUUAAUACUCGCCUCGCCUCGCUCCUCCAUCUCGCCUAUAAAUCCCAACCCCUCCUCCUCCCCCUGCACCAAACCCCGCCGCAUUCUUGCCAGCGCCUCCGGUGAUCAGCGCCGGGGGAGCCAUGGGACAGUGCUACGCCAAGAACGUACACGCCGACGGGGAUGAGGCCCUGGGGACGACCACCAUCUCGGUGUCCGCCGCGGCCGGGCAGGAGGCGGCCGCCGGUGAGACGGCCACGGCCGGAGGGGUAGGGAGGAGGAGCGUCAGGCCGUCGCCGGCGGGCACGCCGCGGAGGGGUAGGGCCGGGGCCACGCCGGCCAGGACUUCCGCGGCGGGGAGCCCCUGGGCGGCCAGCCCGCUCCCCGAGGGCAUCGCGCCGUCGCCGGCCACGUCCGCGUCCACGCCCAGGCGCUUCUUCCGCCGCCCCUUCCCUCCGCCGUCCCCGGCCAAGCACAUCAAGGCGUCGCUGGCGCGCCGCCUCGGCCGCCGCUCCCCGGCCGCUGCCGCUGCCGGGGCCAAGCCGCCGGCCGAGGCCCCGAUCCCGGAGCACGGGGCCGGCGCCGGAGGGGAGGCGGACAGGGACCUCGACAAGAGCUUCGGCUACGACCGCAGCUUCGCGGCCAAGUACGAGCUCGGCAAGGAGGUGGGUCGCGGCCACUUCGGCCACACCUGUCUUGCGCGUGCCCGCAGGGGGGACAUGAGAGGCCAGGUCCUAGCUGUCAAGGUCAUCUCAAAAGCCAAGAUGUCAACAGCAAUAUCGAUUGAGGAUGUGCGCAGAGAGGUGAAAAUUCUGAAGGCUUUAUCUGGACAUUCGAAUCUUGUCAAAUUUUAUGAUGCAUGUGAGGAUGGACUUAACGUCUACAUCAUCAUGGAGUUGUGUGAAGGUGGGGAGUUAUUGGACAGAAUUUUGGCAAGAGGUGGGAGGUACCCUGAGGAAGAUGCUAAAGUUAUCAUUGAACAAAUAUUAAGUGUAGUUGCUUUCUGCCAUCUUCAGGGUGUUGUUCAUCGUGAUCUUAAGCCAGAGAAUUUUCUAUUCAGCACCAGAGAUGAACAUGCUCCUAUGAAGCUCAUCGAUUUUGGCCUCUCUGACUUUAUAAGGCCAGAUGAAAGGCUGAAUGAUAUUGUUGGUAGUGCAUACUAUGUUGCUCCAGAAGUCUUACAUAGGUCAUAUAGCACAGAAGCAGACAUGUGGAGUAUAGGUGUUAUCACUUAUAUCUUGCUGUGUGGUAGCAGACCAUUUUGGGCACGAACUGAAUCAGGAAUUUUCCGCUCAGUGCUGAGAGCUGAUCCUAAUUUUGAUGAUUCACCAUGGGCAUCAAUAUCUCCUGAAGCUAAAGACUUUGUCAAAAGACUUCUUAACAAGGAUUACAGAAAAAGAAUGACUGCUGCACAGGCACUCUCUCACACCUGGUUGCGAGAAGAUGAGUCCCGCCCAAUCCCUCUGGAUAUGUUAGUUUUUAAGCUGGUUAAGGCCUAUCUUCGUUCCACGCCUUUCAAACGGGCAGCAUUAAAGGCUCUGUCUAGAGCAAUAACAGAAGAUGAGCUUAUCUACAUCAGAACACAAUACAACUUGUUACAACCAAGUAGCAAGGACGGCCGAAUAUGUAUUGAGAACUUCAGGAUGGCUCUUCUACAAAACUCUACUGACGCUAUGAAAGAAUCUAGAGCUCUUGAUAUCUUAAGUGCGCUGGAGCCGCUUGCAUAUAGGAGAAUGGACUUUGAGGAGUUCCUUGCAGCUACAGUCAGCCCUUACCAACUUGAGGCUUCACCAAGGUGGGAAGAAAUUGCGAGCACCGCAUUUGAGUGCUUCGAGCAGGAAGGCAACCGUGUCAUCACAAUUGAGGAGCUAGCACAGGAGAUGAAUCUUUCUUCUGCAGCGUAUUCUAUCGUCCGCGACUGGAUUAGACCAUCAGAUGGAAUGCUUAGCUUUAUAGGCUACACCAAAUUUUUGCAUGGAUUAACUAUGCGGAGCAGCAACGUGAGGCGGCAACACUAAUCUGUUUCGCCCCAGUUACUUAGAUUGCUUCCAUUGUUUCAUUCAUGGGGAGUUUGAUGGAUGUUGUUUUUUCUCUCUUUUUGGCGGCUUAGCUUUUGUAGAGAAAAAGAAAAGGAAACAGAAAAUGGAAGUUCAUAAUGGAGUUUUAGAAGCAAAAAAUGUGUUUUUGCCUCAUUUUAUACAUCUUGGUGCUGUUACAUCAUUCUUAAUAUUGCUUAUACAUGGGCGCUGUACAGUUGGCUCAUCA